GGCCACUAAGCAUGUUCCUCUUCCUUACAUCUCCGAGUUGAGCACUCUUAGAGCUCCUCCUAUUCGUACUCUAAUCGAGGUUAUUAUUCAUCGCAAUGCUAGCGGCAACGUUCAGCAUGCUUUCCGGGACAUCAGCGUCCUGGACAGCCUCUUUACCAUCGAUGAAAUCGCCGUCAUCCACCACACCGACUGUGGCACCCUCCACUUCAAGGAGGAGCAGGUCCGCGACUAUGUAAAGAAGCAAACCGACGAGACUCACUGGGCUGAAGUUGACAAGAUGGUCUUCAGCGCAAAUGCGGAGUAA